CUCAUGGUGGAUGUGGAGAGGUCUAAUGCUGCUGCUGCUGCUCUGGACAAGAAGCAAAGGAACUUUGACAAAGUCUUGUCAGAGUGGAAACAGAAGUAUGAAGAGUCUCAGUGUGAGCUGGAGAGUUCUCAGAAAGAAGCCAGAUCUCUGAGCACCGAACUCUUCAAACUUAAAAACUCCUACGAAGAGUCUCUUGAACAUCUGGAGACCAUGAAGAGGGAGAACAAGAACCUUCAAGAGGAAAUUUCUGACCUCACUGAGCAACUUGGUGAAGGUGGAAAAACCGUUCAUGAGUUGGAAAAAGCUCGAAAGCAGCUGGAGCAGGAAAAGGGGGAGAUUCAGUCUGCCCUAGAAGAAGCAGAGGGUUCCCUUGAACACGAGGAAGGCAAGAUACUGAGAGUUCAGCUUGAGUUUAACCAGAUUAAGAGUGAUAUGGAGCGCAAACUGGCUGAGAAAGAUGAGGAGAUGGAGCAGUGCAAGAGGAACCUGCAGAGGACAAUCGACACCCUGCAGAGUUCUCUUGAGGCCGAGUGCCGCAGCAGGAAUGAAGCCCUUCGUCUGAAAAAGAAGAUGGAGGGAGACCUCAACGAGAUGGAGAUCCAGCUUAGCCAAGCCAACAGGCAGGCGGCUGAGUCCCAGAAACAACUCAAAUCUGUUCAUGCACAUCUGAAGGAUUGCCAAAUUCAGCUGGAUGAGUCGGUUCGGGCCAACGAUGAUUUCAAAGAGAACAUGGCCAUCGUUGAAAGACGCAACAACCUGCUUCAGGCAGAACUGGAGGAACUGAGGGCCGCUUUGGAGCAAACCGAACGAAGCCGCAAGCUUGCUGAGCAAGAGCUGCUGGAUGUUAGUGAGCGGGUGCAGCUACUGCACUCACAGAACACUAGCCUGAUAAACCAGAAGAAGAAGCUGGAGGGUGAUACAGUCCAGCUUCAAUCUGAAGUGGAGGACUCGCUACAGGAAUGCAGAAAUGCUGAAGAGAAGGCCAAGAAGGCCAUCACUGAUGCUGCCAUGAUGGCUGAGGAGCUGAAGAAAGAGCAGGACACCAGCGCUCACCUGGAGCGCAUGAAGAAGAACAUGGAGCAGACCAUCAAAGAUCUGCAGCACCGUCUGGAUGAAGCUGAACAGAUCGCCAUGAAGGGAGGCAAGAAGCAGGUCCAGAAACUCGAGGCCAGGGUACGGGAACUAGAAAACGAAGUAGAAAUGGAGCAGAAGAAAAGCAGCGAAGCUGUGAAAGGAGUCCGUAAAUAUGAGCGCCGCAUCAAGGAGCUGACCUAUCAGACUGAAGAAGAUCGAAAAAAUAUCGCCCGACUGCAAGACUUGGUGGACAAACUGCAGCUGAAAGUCAAAGCCUACAAAAGAUCUGCUGAGGAGGCUGAGGAACAGGCUAAUGUUCAUCUUUCCAAGUUCCGAAAGCUGCAGCAUGAGCUGGACGAGGCUGAAGAGAGAGCCGACAUCGCCGAGUCUCAAGUAAACAAGAUGCGAGUCAAGAGCCGCGACACUGGCCCCAAGAAAGGGUUUGAUGAGGAGUGAAGCGUUGGAGUCUGCUGAAAUCUUUCCGCCUGCUGUGUGUUGUAGAUCCCCUUCACUGUCACUAUUCACAACCCAUAGUCCUAAUAAAACCACAUUAAAAAGUGCAGUCCA